AUGACAAAACAAUCAAAUCCUCCCCCAAUCACAUCAACUCCAUCUUCUUCAUCACAAGCACUGAUCAUACUCCCUCAAUCAUUACAACCUUGGAAGCCAACAUUCUUAUCAUAUACAGCUUCAUUAGGAUCAGUUGCGUUUGGGUACCCACUCGAUUCAAUAAAGAGUCGAAUGCAAACACAUGGUUUCAAUUCGAUAACAAAAUGUUUCCUCAGUACACUUAAGAAUGAAGGUGUUCGUGGACUAUUUAGAGGUAUAUCAUCUCCAAUUUUUUCAAUUGCUUUUUCAAGAUCUAUAAAUGUUUCAGUUUUUUCAAUUGUUAAACCAUACUCUUCAAAACUAUCGUUGAAUUUACAAAGUAAUAGCCCCAUUUUGAAUGUUUUGGCGAAUAAUUUACCUCGUUCCUUUGCUGCUGGUUAUUGCGCCGGGUUUGUUACAAGUCUUUGGGCAUGUCCUUUUGAAUUUGUUAAGUUGUUUUCUCAAAUAUCUUUUCUAGAAAAUAAGUCCAAAAUUGGAAAUAUUGAAGCUUUGAGACAGAUAUUGAAUUCUCAAGGUUAUAAGGGUUUGUACACAGGUUAUAAAUUCCAAUUCUUGAGGGAUACUUUUGGUGCUGCGGUUUACUUCAGUUCUUAUGAAUCAUUUAAAUUGAUUUUGAACUCUAUGAUGUUGAAAGAAGAUGACACUUGGUCUAUUUUAAGAGAUUUCUCAAACAAUUGGGUAUCAAUUGCAUUAUCUGGUGGGUUGAGUGGCUCUUUAUGUUGGUUGACGAUUUUCCCCUUUGAUACAAUAAAGAGUUUACAGCAAAAAGCUUUGAUUUCCACAAUUGUCGAUAAAGAACACAAGACUUUUGAGACUUUGAAAUUAAGAAGGAAUAUUUAUAGGGGUGUUAGUGCCUCUGUUUUGAGAUCUUUCUUCACUAGUAUGGUUUUUUUUUCAACCUAUGAAUAUUUGGUAAAGAUUAUAAGCUAA